CCCACUUAAUCGACGGUGCAGGAGACCGUAUACUCUUCGGCUGAGAAACAAAUUUUCCUUUUGUUUUCCCAUCCACUUUCUCGAAGGCCAAACAGAGAGAGAACGAAGGAAAAACCUCAACUAGAAAAAUUCUCAGCGAUGAAGAAGCUAGCGAGACAAUUGAGGAAGUCACAGGACGAUGACUUCUCUCUCCCUACGUGGGACGACCCUACUCUCAACGAUUCUCGUCCCCUAGACAUUCAAGAACAAGAAGAGUUGGUGCGUUCAUUCGAGAAGAGUCAAGCUCAGCAGAGUCGUUUAUGGAGGCUUUUGUUUGCAUCACUUCUCUUUUGCUUCACUGCGUUUCUGUUAUACUCGAUCUUCCAGCAGGUUUUGUCUCCAUGGGAAUUGCGUUAUCAUGCUUACUUCAUGGAGGAGUUGCACUCAUGGAUGAUUAUAUCAGCAGAUUGGCUAGCUGUUAUAGCAUGUUCAUCAGCCAUCAUAGGAUUACUUCAUGAUUCAAAGCAUCACCGGCGAUGGAUUUGGUACUCACUAUUUACUGGCAUUAUACUCGCAGUUUUCUGGUUGUAUUACAUGUUGAGAUUGCCAAGGUUCCGCUGGGAUGUAAUCUGGCUUCCAUUUGGACCUCUAAGUGGAGCAGGACUCACUCUGUACGUCGAUCAUCUACUAACUGAGUCAUCAGAAGAGAUAAGAAAACUUCGAGGCUAUAUGUAUGCUUACAAAGCUAGCUGAAUCUCGUGUUUGUUUGUCUUUGACAUUGAUCCAAGAUAGAUAGCACAGGGAGUAGACUAAAAGUGUGACUCUGGUAUGAGGGAGCUCGUAUGAGCUGCGUUAAUCGCAUGGAAAAAUCCUUGUUAAACUCUAAGACUUUCUGUAUUGGGGAUUUGCAGGCUUCAUAUCUGCACAAAGAGUAUCAUAAAAGACCAAAAGAAAAAUAAGUUGAACGAAUUUUAUUUAUACUUUAUGUAAUAUUUAUAAACAGACCUUUUGAGGAACGGUAUUGUUUUCCUAACAAAAGAUGUUACUAAAACCAUGUUAGUCGCGGAGGGCUGGACAAAAUGUUUUUUUUACAACUUUUAGCGCCGGUUUCUGUACUGCUGCGUUUGUUGCUUUUUGAAACGUUCUAAACAAAUAUGGAUACUUUUGUAAAUUGCAUGU